GGGCGGUGGACCCCGGGCCCCUUCCUUUGGGAAGGGGGUGGGCUGAGUACUGUGGGCCCCAGAGGCCAGAGCUCAAGUCAGCUAUUGGGGGAGGGGUGUCCCAAGGAAGCUGAGUUCACCACCCCCACCCCAAGCUGCUGGGUGAGGCACGGUGGUGAUGCCAGGUAGUGAGCACCCCCCCAUCAUGAGUGGGGCUGGCUCAGGCAGGAGGUCUCAGAGCAGCUGCGUGGGAGCCAGGACUGGGGGAGGCACUGGAAAGGGAGGUGCUCUGCUGAAUUCAGCCCUCUGGCUGCAGCCAGCCUGGGACUCUCUGGUGGUAGGGCGGCCAUGCAGGCUGCAGGCUCUGGGGCUGGUCCCGGCUGAGCGUGGGGAGCUGGGCCUCCGGCCAGGCCCGCUGUUCUAGCGCUCGCUCGGUCGCUGGAGCAGUGGCGAGGCCAGGAAACAGCAUGUCCUCAGAGCUGGCCGCAGAGCUGUCGUUCUCAGCACUGACGCGUGGAAAUACUGAGGAUGGCCUGUGAGCUGGGAGAGCUGAGGGAAGAAAGGGCCCCGAGCUGAACCCUGGCCCUGGCCGCAUAUCUAGGGGCUGGGCCGAGCCCCUAGUCCCCCCCCCCCCCAAGACCGCUCACUGAGGCGUCUUCCUGCUUGUUUCGUCUGUCUGAUAAUAAAUUAAUUGUGCCGGCGCCUCUGUUGGUGUUACAUCAGGGACCUUGGGCGCAGCAGUCCUCUUGUCCAUGGGCCAGUUCCUGGAACGGUCUUUGAGGACGUCCUCUGGAAGAAAGAGUGUCCCCAGCAGCCGGCUCUACCUCCUCCCUCCCUCCUGUCCCCAGCCCGGAGGCUCUGAGGCCCCAGGGUGGGGACAGGGCUGCUGGGGGCCUGGGCUCAUGCUUGUGGUCUUCUGUCCUGAGCUGGGCCCGGGGAGUGUCCACUGACAGUCGAGAGGGUGACCGAGAACGCAGGCAGCCCAGCCCUAGGCUGAUGGGGUGAAUGGAGACAUAUUUGUGUCAUCGUUCUCGUAAUGAAGUCAGAGCUGGCUGGCUCCAGGUGGCUCCCAGGACAGUGCCCCUGGACCGGCCAGGCCCCAGGCCAGGGCUGCAGUGUCAGCCCAUGUGGGCGCUGGAAGACAGGCAGGCUGGAGGCAGCAGCCGCUCAGGGUCCCACCAUGAGUCUGUGGCAGCACCAGGCUGGAGCACCAGCCCCAUACCUGCUGGCCACGGCGCACCUUCCACAGGCUGCCCACUGCCCUGGGCACUCCCUCUGUGCCCCUCAUUCAGGGGCAGCCGGCUGCAUGCAGGAGGGACUGAGGAAGGGGGUGAGGGCCCCACGGGAGGGAGCCAGGGGCCCAGCGUUGCCACCAGGGCCCAGGCCAGCCUGCGGGUUAGGAUCGCCUUAUAUUGGGGCAGGGGACUUCCCACAUGGCUCUGUGCACUUGUGCUCUGGGGACUUGGCCAUGUGAGGGACAGCUCCCUCUGGGUGAUGAGGUGUCCAUGGCAGGGCCCAGGCUUGCCAUGUCCCUGGGGCACAGCUCCAUGUCUCCUGCUGCCCAUGCCCACGCCAUGCACGGGGAGCUUGCCUGGGCAGGCAGCACUACCUAGACCCCCUGGUGCCCCCAGGGGAGAGGGUUCAUGCGCUGAGCUGCUGCUGGUCUGGGGACUGCAGCUGGCCCACAAAGCGUCUAUCCCUUCCAUAUCUUCUGCAGGCUCUGGCCCAUGGCUGGCACCCCUUGGUGGCUCACUUGGGGAGAGGCCUCUGGGCCCCAUGCCUUUCUCAAUCCAAGGCUACUGCUCUUGUCCAGCUACCAUCACAGUUGGGCUGCAGGUGCCAAGAGCUGUCCCCUGGACCAGCAGGGUACCAGUACACUUCAGACAGCAUCCCUCCCUGUCUUGGCCCCCAGGGCCAGCUGCCCUGAUCAGAUGGCGGUCCAUUCUCUCCUGGCCAGGUGACGAGAUGGCCCGAGGCAGCCUGAACCUACUGUCACUAGGUGGAAGCGCCCGCCUCCUGGCAGUCAGGGCCCGGUCCUCGCAUGGCCUUUGUCUGAGCUGCACUGUGGCUCUGCCUUCCCUGGCUUGCCCAGGCAGUGCCCACCGCCGGGCCCCACUGUCCAGUGCACUACUGUGUGGUUCCCUGCCUCAGUGGAUCUGAGCUCCCUGGGCACCACAGGCCCUGUGGGUGGCAAAGGAAGCCUCACCUUUGGAAUAAGCUUAGUUACUUCCCCCAGGACAGAGGGGUCAAGUGCAACCAACUUGACCCAGGAGCCGAGUGGUCUCGGGCAGGCAGCGUGGUGCUGGGUCACGGCAGGUGGGUCGUGCUUAGGGGAGGGAGCCGCAGCAGCCCCGGUGAGCAACGAGUGUGCCGUGGGCCGUGCCACCGUGGUGAUGCUGCUCGUGCACCUGCUGCAGGGGUUCUAGGGCCAGCCCGCGUUAGCGGCACAGCCACACUCUCCACGGCGGGGAGCCUCCCCCAUGGCGGCUGCUCGCUGGCCACCGCUAACAAGUGAGAUGACAUUUUGCCCUUUUCCCCAGACCUGGCCACCUGUAUCUCCCCCAGACCCCCUGCCCUCCAUCUUUGCCCCUUUCCCCUGCAGGCACCUGAGCAGCCGGCCAGGCCAGCACAGCCGCCCCGACUGCUUAGAGUCUUAUCCUGGGCCGCUCUGCUGGCUCAGGUCACAGGCACGGCCCUGCCUUGAUGAAGUUCAUCUUGUGCAGGUGCCUAUGAGCUGAGAGGUGCAGGUGCCUGGGUCUUGGGUGCCAGGAGUCUGGGCCACGGCUCCGGCAGCUGUCUUGUGCCCACAGGCCUGCAGUGUGAUGCUCUCCUGUUAUGAGGGGGCACUGCCAGCCUCCCACUGUGUAGUCUGGUGACACUGGCAGAAUCUGGGGCCUAGCGUCCGGCUAUAGUUGUGGCCAAAGCAUUCCAUCCCCCGGGACCCCCCUGCAGUAGGCGGAAGCUAUCUCAGAUGCCGCAGGACGGCCUUGCUCCAGGGCUCUGGGACCUGCGAUUUCCCAUCGGGCUUCCCAGAAGCACUUUCUGACAUCUGCUUCUGCAGGCUCGGCCGUGUGCACAUGGCAGGCCAGCUGCCCCAUGGCCUGGGCCUGCAUGCAGCCCUCUGUCCCCAGCACAGGGUGUCCCUGCUCUGGACUCUGCGUCUCCGGACUCUUCCUCCCAGUGGAGGGCGUGAGAUGCAGUCACUUCCCCUCUGGCCUCCAGGGCAAGACCCGCCCGCUGGGCUGCCUGGGGGGUGGGUCUCUGGGGUCUGUGUCUUCAGCACAGCUGCCCAAGCCUCUUCCUGCCCGCCUGGCUUGAUAAACACAAUGUCACCUCUCUCACCUUCUGUGCCGCGUGCACAUUGGGUUGGGCUGUGUAUGCUGGGCGCAGGAGACUCGGCCUGGCCGCCGUCAAGUCUCUGUCCAUCCCACCCAUGUCUGGCCCUCCUUCCCCACGGACAGGCCACAGCCACAAUGGCCCCGUGAGGCCACGCUGACCUGCUCUGGGAGAACAACAGUGUGGGGCCUGGGCUGCCACAGCAGGGGCCACCCUGGCGUCCUUCGGGCAAUGCAGAGCUGUGUCACCCUCUGUGACCCCAGGUGCUGUCUGUGGCCCCUCCAAACCCCACGGCUUUACUCUUUGGAUGGGGUCAGAGUCGGGGCGACCCUGAGAUCUCACGUUUUGAAGGUCAUUGACCUUGAUCCCACACCCCAAGGGCCAGGCUGCCAGCUCCAGGCUGGCGUCUGUGCUGGGCGUGUGGACUGGCGAGGUGAGGGGCCAGCUGGCUCUGGGUCUCAUUGCCUGCUCUGUAGGACGUGUGUGUGUUUCCCCAUAGCCACCAAGCUGGUAUCUGGCUUGGCUUAAAUGCGGUGACCCGGGCCUGCGCCACCCUCUUCCUCCUCUUCCUCCUCGGCUUCACCACCGCUUGGUCCCCGAGAGCUGCCCCAUGGUGCGCUUCUUCCCUCUGGCUUCCCCACCCCAGUUCACACUGCCGGCCUUUCCACGCUCGCACCCCUGCUUCCAGGGGUCUCUGUGCUCGACCGCUCAGGGAGUCCCAGUGUGCGGGCUGCUUCCCAGGAGCACCCUGACCCCCACCACGGUGGUGCUGGGAGGGAGACAGCCAGGCCACCGUCGGGGGCUCCUCAGAGGCCUCUGUGUCAUGGGAGCUCAGAGCUGGCCCAGCCCUUGGGGGUUGUCCGAGAGCGAGGUGGGCCUGGGUCUGCCCAACCCACCAGCCUGGCCCGGGGGGCCCUGCGAGGAGGCUGGGGGCAGUGACGGCCCCAUGCAGCCGCUGGUGCUUUUGUCUUUAUUACUCAGGAAAGCACGUGGGGUGCCCCUCACCUCUGUGUCCAGGGUGGGCCACUCCUGCUACCCCUCUUGCUCUGUGCCCCUGCUUCCUAGCCUGGGGUCCAGGCUGCCCCUGGCAUGGGGACACGUGCCAUCCUUGGGGGAGGCUCAGGUGGGAGCCAGGAGCCCUGGUGGGAAGGGAGAGGAGUGGGGAAGGGCCCGGUGCUGCUUCUCUCUCCCCAGGUGUGGAACCAGAAUGGCAAGAGCCCCUCCAUCACCUUCAAGUACAUGUUGCUGCAGCCGCUCCACUAUGGCCUCCCAGAGCCCGCCUCCCAGAGCCCGCCUCCCAGAGCACAGAGAGCUGGGAGCUGGGCAGGGCCGGCCUGCUGGGCUUUGUGAGGCACAACGGCUCCCUCUACAGCCCGGCCUCCUCGGAGUGGCUGGCCCUGGACAACCGGCUAUUUGGGUCCCCGGCGCCCGAGAUGGAGCUGGGCCUGGGCUGGGGCCAGGAGACCAAUGAGGUGUGGGAGUGGGCCAGUGGUGGCAGAGCCUGCGAGGGCUCUCCCAGGGCCAAGGGCUUCCAAGACCACAAUGCCACAGGGAUGGUGGUCGCGGGGGACAAGGGGGGCCAAGACGUGGAUGCCCAUUUCACGUCCCGGGAGUUCCUGUCGGCCAACGCCAUCUCUGGACAGCUGCUGGGUGCCGGCUCUGACUAGAAGGAGUUCGGUCUCAAUGAGACAGUGAACAGCAUCUUCGCCCCGGGCGGCCCCGGGAGCUCCCUGGCUGACAGCCUGGACUGGGCUACGAGGAGAACGAGGGAGCCGGUGCUGAGCUGCUCAACGGGUCCUACCUGGAGCUCAGCAGUGACAGGGUCACCAACACCUCCUCGGAAGCCCCCUUCCCCGACACCAGCACAAGUCUCCCCACCUCGGCCAGGAACGAAACUCACAGGCCAGGACCAGGGCCAAGGCACGUAAGCAAGACGUGAGUCUGGCUAACAUGCACCAGUGGAAGCUCUCAUCACAGGAACCCUGCAGCGCCACCUGCACCACAGCAGGUGGGAGAGUAGCAGCUGGAGCUACCAGUUCUCCAUCCUGGGCUGCUGAAAGAUGCCGUCCCCCGGCUUCGACAGCUCCGUGAACAGCGACCUGUGGGAGGCGGCCGAGGCCGUGCAGCCGGAGGAGCGCAAGGUUUGCCGCAACCCAGCCUGUAGGCCGCAGUGGGAGAUGUCCCAGUGGUUGGAGUGCACAGGCAAGUAUGGGGAGCACAGCGUGGUGACUAGGCACAUCCACUGCUCUGAGGACGAGAGGCUGUGUGACCCCAACACCAGGCCGGUGGGCGAGAAGAGCUGCACAGGUCCCCCUGCGACCGCCAGUGGACCACGUCUGACUGGGGGCUGGUGAGCGUGGCUGGCACGGGGCUGGCCUCUGCUGCCCCCGGCUUCUCCAGUUUCUGGAGCAAGGGUGUGAGCAAGGGUGUGAGGGAGGAGCCCCUGAGUGCCAGGUCUCCCUCUAGUUCUGAGGAAUCAAAGCCCCCAUCUGACCUGGCUGUCUCCCCCCGUCUCCAUCCGUCUCUCCCUGUCUCGAUCCGUCUCUCUCUGUCCGUCUCUGCCUGUCUCCCCCCGUUUUCAUCCAUCUCCCCCACGUCUCGGUCUGUCUCUCCCUGUCUUUGCUCAUCUCCCCCAUCUCUCCUGUCUCUGUCCGCCUCCCCCCAGCUCCGUCUAUCUCUCCCCAUCUCCAUCCACCUCUCCCCAUGUCUCCGCCUCUCCCCAUGUCUCGGUCUGUCUCUCCCCAUCUCCGUCCAUCUCUACCCGUCUCUACCCGUCUCUCCCUGUCCAUCUCUGCCCGUCUCUCCCUCCAUCUCUGUCUGCCUCUCCCCAUGUCUCAGUCUGUCUCUCCCUGUCCAUCUCUGCCCUUCCACCUCCCCCCCGUCUCCAUCUGCCUCUCCCCAUGUCUUGGUGUGUCUCUCCCCGUCUCUACCCAUCUCUCCCUGUCUGUCUCUGUCCAUCUCAUCCCAUCUCCAUCUGCCUCUCCCUAUGUCUCGGUCUGUCUCUGCCCGUCUCCCCAUCUCCAUCCGCCUCUCCCCAUCUCUGUCUCUGCCCCUCUCGUCUGCUCAGAUGCCAGCCAGGUCCCCUGUGCGCAGCCCCUAUCUGUAGGUGUACAUUUCUCCCUCUGGGUUUGUCAUCAAGCAGGCAUUAUUUCUGUAAUUAGAACAGAAAAUGUGAUUUAAAAAGUGGUUACUAUGGCAACCACUUCCCACACUGCCUGGGGUGCUUUCCCCUCCCUGGGGGCUGGGGGCUUGUGGAGUGCCCCCCGCAGGCCCCUGCCUUCUCCCUUUUGGAGUGCAGAGGGAGCUGAGGGCAGGGCCACACCAUCAGGCACGUGUGCUGCAAGACCAGCGAUGGCCGCGUAGUCCCCGAGUCCCAGUGCCAGGUGGAGACCAAGUCUCUGUCCAUCCACCCCUGCGGGGACAAGAACUGGCCAGCCCACUGGCUGGCCCAGGACUAGGGCUGGUGAGUGUCCUGGAGAUGCGGGUGCCUGGCCAGAGGGCAUCGGAGAACAGCAGGUUGGCCAGGAGCUGGCUGCAACUUUGAAGGCGGAGCUCGCUGAGAUGGAUUUGACACACACAGAGCCAAACAGGCGGGGGAACCCCUUGGUGCAUGCAGAACUGGCAGCGUCCCCACACCAGGCACCUAGGCGCCCGAGCGAUGGGGCACGGGGCAGGUGCUGUCCGGCUGCAACUGCUUCUGGCCUGCAGGCUGGGCAGCCUGCUGUCCAUGCUUGUCACCCCACCCCAUGCCAGACCCAUUGCUUCCAAUAUGCCUUCAAGCAGAUCACUAUUAACCAAAUCAUCUCGGGACAAAGUGUUGUCUGCUAAAUCGAUUCUGGCCACAGCACCCCCAGCCAAAUGGUCAUUAACCAAUUUGUUUCAAACAGAUGGUUUCAGGUUCCCCUGCUUUUGAUCAAACUCAUUUGGGGACAAACGGUUGUGGAACAAAGAGUUCUCAGCCGAUGCGCCAUCGGUCCCGGCGUCCCCCCCCGCCCCGUAUCUACUGACCAGCUGUUGUCACAGGGUUCCCCCCAUCCCGGGCAGGGGCAGCCGUCCCAGCCCUCUCAGCCCCUGGCCUCUGUUCUGACCUGUCCCCCGCCUCAGUGCAACACCACCUGUGGAGAGAUGUGAAGAAGCGACUGGUCCUGUGCAUAGAGCUGACCAAUGGGAAGUUGUAGACGCACAGUGGGCCUGAGUGUGGGCUGACCAAGAAGCUGCCGGAGGAGAGCACCUGUUUUGAGAGGCCUUGCUUCAAGUGGUACUCCAGCCCUUGGUUGGAGAUGACAGCUGCCAGGACCAGCCAGGCACCAACUGCACCCUGGCCAUCAAGGUGAACCUGUGCAGCCACUGGUACUACAGCAAGGCGUGCUGCCACUCCUGCAGGCUGCCCUGCCCUUAGGCUACCACUGCAGCCAUGGAGACCCAAGUGCCCGCCCAGGGCCCCGCCCCAGACACCCCACGGGCGCCUGAGUGGGGGGGCGGGGUGCAGCACUGGGCCACCCCCUCUGCUCUCCCAGGCUGGGGAGCUCCAAAUCCUAAGGAUCCUGUUUGGGGCUGAGCCCCCACCCAAGGGGCCCCAGGACCCAGAGCCCAGCGGUGAAGGUGAGACGUGCCCAGGGUCCAGGCCGUCUCUGGGUAGGACCUCCUCCAGAUAACUGGCAGGUGACUCUGACCAGGCUCUGUGGGGGAGGUGGCGGUGGUGGCCCCGAUGUCACUGGGUCCCUGCCGGCAUCUAGGUGCCCAUCAGUUGGAGGGUUUGCCUCAUGGCCCGGCCCAGCCCAGCACCUGCCGAACUUUAAGCCCCGGGGAGCCCUCUUUCGGUGUGUGUGGUUCUCAGCAGUGGGUUUGUCCUGUAACCACAGUCAGUACUCAUCUGUGUAUGUCAAUAAAAUGGUCGUAUAUAUGGCGGCCUGGUGGGGUCUCUGCUGCGUCUGGUAGGAGGUGCAGGAGACCCCAUGGGCUUGGGAGAGCCAGGGUGUGGCCGUGUGGGGUCUCUCAAUCCCUAAGGCCUGGGGUUUGGGGCUGGCCAAGUGCAGACGGAGACCAAAGGCCACAGACAGAGUGGGCAGUGGGGCCUCAGGAGCCCGGCGCCGGGGUCAGAGUGGGCUGGAACCUCCACUGGUGUGGGGCUGCAGGGGAGGACCUGCACUAAGGCCUGGAGUGUCCCCUGCAGCAGGCUGGGGGACCAGGGAUGAGGCAGGUGUGCGGAGCCUCAGGACUGGUGUUUCUGGAGCUCUGCGGAGGGCCCCUGGUCUGGACUCGUGGGUGCCGAGCCGGACGAGAGCCCUCCUUUGGGCUGACCCAGCGGUAGGCGUGGGGAGAGGCAAGAGCAGAGCAGCUGGUGGAGGGUGCCGGGAGGGGAGGGGCCUGGGGCUCCGCCACCCAAGGGACGGCCAGCUUGCCUCGGCGCUGAGGAUGGCCAGGAGAACUGUUUCCUUUGGGCAUAGGUGCCAGAGAGGCCAGUGGCUGCCUCCUGCAUGGGGGCCCAGCCUGUCCCCAAAUUGGGACUCAGAGCAGGGUCCACCCCGGGGAAGCUGAGGCAGCAACCAGCCUGGGGUGCUUUUGCCUGUGUGUGCCCAUGGCUGCACAUGUAUGCAUCAAGGGGCUGCACGUUUUUAAAAAAUGUAUUUAUUGGAGAGGCAGAGAGAGACAGAGAGAGGCAGAGAGAGAGAGAGAGAGAGAGAGAGAGAGAGAGAGAAGGCGCCCACAAGAGAGUUGCCAUCUGCUGAUUACUCCCCAAACGCUGGCAACGGCCCGGGGCUGAGCCAGGUGCCAAAGCUGGGAGCAAGAAUUCAACCCCAGUCUCCCACGUGGGUGGAAGGAGCCCCAUUCCUUGAGCCAUCCCUGCUGGAGUCUGGAGCCAUCCUGGCGAACAGAACCCAGGUCCCAGCCGUGGGCUACAGGCUUCUGAACGGCGACUUCAACGGCUGCAACUUCACCACCACGCUGUGGCUGCCGCAGAGGGUUCUUUCCCAGCCCCCACUUGCUCAAGGGCUCCGGCUCCGCUCAGGGAGGGCUGAGUGGCUGUAGCCCCUGCCCGUGCCAUGUUCCGCGGUCCCUGCUCUGCUCCGCCAUCCUCUUUCUGCCCGAGCCUCCUCCUUUUUGCCAGCGCUGAGUGUGUGUGCUCACUGUACACAAGGCCUUGUGCCCCAUCAGGGCUGCCCGGAGCCCCCUGAGGCAGUGGCUCUGUUACCGGCCCAGACGGGUUCAGCUGGGGUUCCCAGGGGAGAUGAGCACAGCCUCCAUCCCCCCAGGGUUGAGAAAGGCAGUUUUGGAGACCCCUCACCAGAGAGCCACUUUGGGUUCCUCCAGGCAGGGCCUGGGCUGCACGGGCAUGGCACAAUGCAGAGAGGGUUUGCACUGGCCACAGCAGCCAGACCGAAGCCAUGAAGGGUGGUAGGAGAUGAUCCAUUGGCUCUGCCAGGCUGGUGGGUGGGUCCCAGGACGGCGCUGCAGGGACCAGGCCAGGGCAGGGGGUGCUCACUGCAUUCCAGAGCUCUAAGUAUCUACGUGUGGAGGCUGGUGACCAAAAUGGGAGCAGCUGCCUCAGGGCCCUCAUCCCCUGCCCCCACCCCAGACUCCUCCCCAGGUGAAUGCAUCAGGGACAGACUCGAUGGGGGCGGGGCCAGGAGCAGGGAGUCAAGGGUGCAUCCAAACAGGGGCCAGGGGAGGGGGGAGGGACCAAGGAGUCCCUGAACAGCCAGUGUCCCCCGACUGCAGGAGGCUCUGGGAGCUUGCGGUGGGAGAUGAGCCUCACUCGCGAUUGGCCACAGCCCUUGUCAGAGGGAGGGGCUCCUGGGCCUCCCUCAGCUGGGGGUGGGGGCUGGUGCCCUGAGGGAGCCAGUGGUGUCAUUUCUGCCGCUGAUGGAAGGGAGCAGGGAGCCCCCAGCCUGAAUCGGGGCUGGAUGGAGUGUGGGCUCAGAGGAGGGCUCCACACAGGAGCCUCCACCCCGACACUGCUGGGGAUGGGACAAGACAGCGCG